AUGAGCCAAAAGGAAUUUCAUGCCCUUCAAUUGCAAAACAGCCGAGAAAAACGACAAGCAGAAAGAGAUAGACAUGCCCUGGAACGAUCCCGACUCGCCAAUCGGAAAGAAGGUUUCCAAAGGCAUUCUCCCAGUACAAAUCCUCUUGAAGUUCUGGAAACUGCAGUUGGAUACAUUCCCGAUUCAAAACGGCUGCAUGGGGACGCAGCGGGUGAAGAGAAAGCCAUGAGAGAUUUAGAACUUGCAAAAAGACAAUUGAUCACCGAAAAGAAACGAAACAACUGCAUGGAGAGAGAACAAGCACUUCAAAAACAGCGAGAAUUGGAAUAUGAAAAAGAAAAACAAAAACAGGAGGCACGAUUAGGUUCCGAAAAGAAAAAUAGAGGCCUCACUGGAUACGAUAUCAUUACGAAACAACCCUUAGAUCCUGAACAGAGAAAACUUCAAACAUAUGAAGACCAAGUACGGGCAUAUCGAGGGGCAGUGAGAGCAGAUAUUCUGUAUCAGAGAGGAUCCAGCACGGGAUGCAAUCCCAUAACUGGAGAGCCUCUCCCACAGAGGGUGGUCGUGCCACCAAAACCUUCUCCAGUACCAAGCCAAACCAAUAAAUUCUAUUGA